AUGGACCUAGACGGCAGUCCAUGCUUUGUGCUUCUCGUUUACAUUGCCUUCAUACUACGAGGGUGGGAUAACGUUUUCUUUUACUUGGACGCCGAACUGAUCAGCCAUGAAAUAACGAUUCAAAAGGAGAUUGCAAACGAGACAGAAGGGUUUCUCAGCACCAGCAAAGCUCUCAAUGCCGCUCUCCACACCAUGGCUGCCCACCUCCACCGUUACAAGACCGAGCUCCAACGUGUCGACCUGGUCCUCUCUGAUCUUCGCAGACGCCGUAAGGAGAUGACGUACAAAUCGAGGCCAAAACAGAGGCAUAAAGAGGAAGAUGGAAAGCAGGAGGACCAAGAAGAGGAAGAGGAAGAGGAGGAAGAAUUUUCACCAACAGACCGGGAGCUACAAAAAAUCGAGCAAUUGGCGUCACAUCUAAAAAUCAUUUGUUGCUCCUCGGAUGAAGCGGAGCGAAAAGUGCAGAACAUCUUGGCCCUGCUCUUCAAUCAAAUCCAAGCCAUCAACGACAAGACGUUGCAGGCUAUCCUCAACGCUUCUCAGCAAGAGAACCGGAUCUCGCAAAGACUAUCAAUGGCUUCUCACAUGCUGUCUAGGAGUAUGAAGAGAGACAGCAUCGCCAUGAAGACGAUUGCCAUCAUGACCCUUGUGUUUCUCCCAGCUGCCACAUUCGCGGCCGUAUUCGCGAUGCCAUUCUUUAUGGAGAACAAAUACCUAUCUUCACCGUCCCAAGUCUGGAUUUGGGCUAUUCUCACUGUUAUUUGUACCGCUUUCGCGUUCGGUGGGUAUAUCCACGUCGUAAAGCGUGAGGAAUCGACUCUUGUCGAUCCUGAGGAUGAUAACGACACCACCGUAUCGUCCGCGGGUAGCACUGCUUCGAACGCACCAUCAGCGGUCGGCAACGGCGAGAACACAUCUUCUAAUGGCAACAAGCAACACUGGUGGCAACGAGUCUCUCAGAGAGCAUCCCAAGGCGGUAUUGAACUGAGAGCUCGUAGGGGAUCGUAG